AUGGCGUCAGCAGAGCCGGAGGCGGAAGCAGUUCCGCGCGCAGAGGCGGAGGAUUUGGACUUGGCAGUUCUUCCAGAGUGCAAGACCGUCCUCUGCGGGGCGCGCAACACCGUGCGAACUCUGAUUUGCAUCAAGACGCCGCCCCUUGAAAGCUCCACGAGCCGCGCGCCAAUAGAGGUGGCAUGUGUCUUGGACCGUUCCGGCUCCAUGCGAGGAGCUAAAUUGGCCUUUGCGAAGCGUGCCUGUGCGAAACUUGUGAAGCACUUGGACGUUCAGGAUACGCUCCACUUUAUCACUUAUGACCAGGUAAGCGAAACCAUCUUCACAGACGGUGACCUGUCAGAGAUAGGAAAAGAGAAUCUCAAGACCCAGAUCCAUGCAGUGCGACCUGGUGGAUCAACCAAUCUCUUCGGAGGUCUUCAAUCUGCUGCACAUCUGCUCGGCUCAUCAACCGCAGCUGGUACUCCAGACGACGCCACGGUCAAGCGCAUCUUUCUUUUCAGUGAUGGAUGUGUGAACUCGGGUGUCACAGACCCAGCGCAUAUUUGCAGGGAAGUUGCUGCCUGGACUGAGUUGGGCAUAACCACGGCCACGUUUGGAAUCGGAGCGGACUUUGACGAGCCGUUGAUGCGUGGAAUCGCCGAAGCUGGCAAGGGCCGAUACACGUUUCUUGCGACGGCUCCUGACAUUCCUCGAUUGGUGUCGAAGUCCGUCCACGACCUCUUGAAACUGUUUGGCAGUGAAGCUGUUUUAGAUAUUCGCGGGGGCACGCACACCGUCGUUGACAAGGUCUACGGAGGCGAUGACGAGGACGAGGAAGUGUCCAAUGCUAGCGCAGGCCUCUUGCAUUUGGGGGAUCUGCACGCGGACAACGAACGCAUGGUGCUGCUCGAGCUUACGAGCUCUCCUCCCGGAGACUUUGGCCCAGGCAGGAGCAUCAGGGCCGCAGAGUGGAUGCUAUCGUAUCUGAGGAACGGAGUCACCGUGCAGUUCUCGGGCUCUGUGGAGUUGACGACCACUGCUGACCGUGGGCGCGCCCAGGAACAUCCAGCAGUGAAAGCAAUGUUCACGCUCCGCCGGGCUUCCGAUCUCGAACGAGAGGUCGCCGAAUACCUCCAGCAAAGAAAUUUGAUUGCUGCCCGAGACGUGAAGACACAGCAGCUUCUUCUGCUGUCACAGGCGCUGAGCUCGAUGGAAGGUGUUGAGGAAUCUUAUGCCCUCGCCCUCCAAAGGGCCUACCAGAGGGCCCAGCGAGUUGCAGAGCAGCUUCAGAAUACCGAGGACAUGGAGCUCACCCGUCGACAGUGCGUGCACGAAUGUGACCGCAUGGAUGCAAUGAGUCUUGGUGGCUUGUCCGAUGGUCGAGACUCGAGCAUCUGCAGUGACAUUGCAGACGAGGAUGCCUUCUCCACAGGCUCAGCCGGCUCAGUUGCCAGCAUUUUAAGCCUUGAGAGCUACAGUCCAAGAGAAGCCCGCAUCCCUCAGCCUCCGGGUUCUCAGGCACAGGAAAGCCUGUUCCAAAUGUUUCAAGCACAAGCGCUCCAGAGGAGCCUCAGUGUCUAUACCAAGGUCCAUGGGUAUCCAGAAAAUGACCAGUUCACUUCGGUGAAGCGAACUCGCGGUGUGGCAUUCCAUGAAAAAGAUGGCGUGGAGUCACCUGAGGUACAGGUUCUUGCCUAUGUUAUCAGCCGCUUCGCGGGGCAUACCGAGGCCCAGGUGUUGCACCCAGCGGCUAUGCUGGAUCUCAGGGCUCAGCUUCGGUUUUUGGUUUCCGAGGGUCGGAAUGUGGAUGCAGCCAGGCUAUGGGCAUCAGCUCUCGAGAUCCAACAUUACCCUCCUCUCCCUCCAUUGCUCGACGGGUUACCUGCAGGUCUGCUACCUAUUCGCACGGUCCCGUGUGUCGACAUGGACUGUGCCCGGUGCGCCCAGAGCCGCGGAGGGUUCCAGCUGCCUUUUGUGGGUACAUUCACACAUGCUGCAGCGAUUGUCCGUCCAGGGAGUGACCCGGCUCAAGCGUGGAGUGCUUACCAUGCAUGCCGCUCCUAUUUGUCGCCGGGCGACAUCACGGCCCUUCAUUCGGGCCUUUGGCCUACCGACCUGCUGCCGAACCACCUCUACGCGCUCUUUUCUCGGGUGGCAGCACAGACCCACCCUCGGGCAGCCAGCUCAGCCGAGCUCUGGAUCGUUUUCAGGCUGCCCGGGAGGAUGAAAGAUCACGGGCUCAUAGGACCAUCUGGCUAUGGCUUGGGGCCGUGGCUUACGGGCCGGGACUAUUACCAGCAGCCUGCCACAGCUGCGGGGUGCCAACGGUCCUCCGCUGUCGGCGGUGUGACGCAGCGGCUUGUGGAGACUGCCUGGGCCGCUGCAUUCGGUGCCUGUGAUGAUGGGCGAUUCUGGAAGGGGCGUUCCCUUUAUUAUGACCGGCAGGAGCCGGCGGCCGCGGCGGAGACCGCAGGCAUCUUCUUAUACCGGGGUGGCGACCCCCGAUGCCCUGGGAUUAGGGCUGCAACCAGGAGUGGACCUGGGGCUGUCUUCGGCGGUGGCGACCCGCCCGGUCUUGAGUCGUACUCCUGCCCUGCUUCUGCCGUUGCCCGGCCUUCACGAUCAUCUUCCACGGCGGCUUCUCGGCUCAGGCCUCUGCUAGCAGCUGCGAUGGCCGGUGUGUACGCCCAGCAGUCGCUUGAGGCGGCAGGAGAUGGCGAUGGCCAGCCCGGCCCGUCUUCCGGACUCUUCGGGGAGGGUACCCCGGUAGAGGUCCGGGUGGAUGCGUGGCGCCGCGCUUUUGGUCUGGCAGAUGACGAGGAGUUCGCCUAUGUCUUCAUGUCGGCGGAGGAGGCACAGCGCCAGGCCGGUGCAGAAAUCGCGGCAGCCUGGAAAGAAGUCCGGGAGAGGGUUGAUGAAGGCAAGGCCCUGGCAUUCGCCCACGAAGCGGCCCAAGCCGGAGCGGCGGCGGCCAAACCUUCCACAAAGCCCCGCCCGCCUUUGCCGCGGCGGCGGGCAGCCGUGCCCAAGGCACCGCUGCAAGCCCGCACGCCUGUGGAGCGCGCUGCCUUGGAGACACCAUUGGUCGAGGAACUCGCCGACCUGUGGGUAGAUGCCAAGGUUCAGCGCCCGAGCGGUGAGCUCAACACGGGACGCCAAGCUGAGUGGGAGAACUUUGUGAGGCGCCGUGCUGCCAAAGUGUGCAGCGAAGCGGAAGUGGCCACGAUCAAGAAGGCCGUGGUUUCCCUCCGCGAGCUUCAGCAUUUCCAGGUCGCCCGGGGCAGAGACGGGCUGGAAGAGGUGGACACCCUGGACCUGGACGCCUUCAUAUUCAACUCGGCCGCUCCUCAUCGUGCUGUGGCGGGCUUGCGGUGGGCUGCCAAGCAGGCGGAGCUCGCCUGGAAGAUUCCGGAUGCACCCCGGACCGACCAGCGCCGCAAGCCUAGGGACGAGCGUCAGGCCACAUUGGCCGAACCGCCGAUGCUGGUCCACCUGGAGAAGGUUAUUGAGGACCGGUGCAUUAUGGGCGACCCUCGGUGGACUGCGAUGCUGGGGCAAUGGAUGCAGGCCUCCAGCUGCAUGCGGUAUGCCCACCUUCGGCGAAGCGAGGUCCUGCGCAUCACGGGGUCGACCGUGCAUGCCUUCUGCAACAAGGGCAAGCAGCGCCGCCUACGGCAGGGGUUUUACUUUGCCAUUCCGGCAGCCUUCGCUUCUGGAUGGAACUGGACCGAACCUUGGAAAGAAGCCUUCGAGGCCCUGCCCAAAGGCCGGCGGAGCCAGUGUGGGCUAUGCUUCGAUGCUCGGGGCUUCUCGUGGUCCCUCAGGGAGUCUACCCUGGCCGUGCAGGCGGCUUUCACGGAUGUGGUGGCCAAUCCGGAGGAGCUGACCUCCUAUAGCUGGCGCCGGUUGGGCCCUUCUGUGGCUAUGCUGGCACAGCUUACGCCGGGCGAGUCGAACGCCCUUGGGGACUGGCAAGAUCGAGUCUCUGACCAGAGGAGCGCCAUGCCCGUCCACUACAGUGGGUUGCGCUACAAGGAGAGCGUUCGAGUCAAGCAUUUGGUGUGGGCCUACAUGGGGGAGUUGCGCCCCUAUCCGACGUGGGAUACGGUGACCCCGCAGGACGUCGCAGAGCACACGACUUUGGCCCGGUCCUUGUGCGACCAACAGGUCAGGGCUGACAAGGAGCUCCUGUGGCAGGGACCAGCCUUCGCCGCGCAUAAGCCCAAGAAGUUUACCAUGAGGUUGGCCGCCCCUCUUGCACGCAAGUCUUUGGCCGGCCCGGUGCUACCUCUGGCGAAGCUGCGGUCGAAGCGAAGGGCCGAGCCUAAAGCAGUGGCGAGCAGCUCGGCCCGGCCUAGCUCGGCGGCUGCGGAAUUGCCCGCACCAGGUUCCCCCAUGCCGCCUUAUAUCGGUCGCCACAAGACGUCGCAGAACUUCAAGGACGGCGGCCGGCUGUGCACCGGCUUCAAUUUGGGCAACUGUCGGCGGGGUUCCGACUGCCCUUUCCUUCACAGGUGCGCUGCCACCAAGCUCUCCACAGACAGAGUCUGCGGCGGGAAGCAUGCGGCCCUGGACUGCCGCACCAAGAAAUAUGGCCUACCUCCCGGCUAUGUCGUCCCCGGACAAUCGCCUGAGCCAACGCCUGCUUCCCGACGGCGUCCAGCCGACGCACCGGCCGAGGGCGAUGGCCGGCGAGAUUCCAGAAGGAGGGUGGUGCCAGGUGCUGAUGGGGCUCCCCCGCUUCCCCUGACUUCGCCUCCCGGGGCGUUACCUUGA